CGUCGGCGCUCGCCGGUCGCCAUUCGCAUCCCCGGGGGCUGAGGACGGGAGCCCGUUUACAGCGAGGGGACACGGAGGCCCGGAGUAUAAUGGCUCAUCACCUCCAACCACUCAGGCCCUCCCACCCGAGUCCACACUGGCCGUUGGUCCAUAAGCCGUCCUGCCUCCGGAGACCAGAGCAAAGGAACAUGGCUAGCACGGAAGAGAGUGCGUGACGAGUGGUGAGCAAGCCACUAGCACCGUUAUCCAUUUCCCUGGACGUGUGCAUGGUCCUGAAAUCUCAAGAGGAUUUUCUCUUUCACCAGUAAAAUGUAGCCAUAUUGUUUGUCCUGGCUAUUUCUAUUUUUAUCCUGCGGAAGAGCUGUCCGGGGUGGAACCCGCGCCACAGUUUGGAACACUGAGCUCCAGGUGACGCUUGAAGAUUCCCUCCUGACGAUGGGCAGCUUUCAGCUACAGUGACUUGGAAAGUCAAGACUGCAAGUAAUUGAUUUUUCCCUGCUCCGCUUGCUAGCCCCACCCGACGGCAAGAUGAGCGUCAAGGCCUUUAAGCUGGUUUCCGCCAUCGAGCGGGAGCUGUUGAUGGGCGACAAAGACCGCAUCAACAUCGAGUGCAUCGAGUGCUGCGGAAAGAACCUUUACAUCGGAACUAACGACUGCUUCAUCUAUCACUUCCUGCUGGAGGAGACGUCGGCCCCCGGGAAGGUGACUUUUUCCGCCACAAAGCAACGGCACAAAUACCUGGGCUUCAAGAAGCCGGUGAACGAACUGAAGGCGGCGUCGGCCCUCAGCCGUCUGCUGGUGCUCUGCGACAACACCAUCAUGUUGGUGAACACGGUGAACCUGGAACCCAUCCCCACGGGGGCUAGGAUCAAAGGCGCGGUGACAUUCGCGCUGAACGAAAACCCCGUGAGUGGAGAUCCCUUCUGCGUGGAGGUGUGCAUCAUCUCUGCCAAACGCAGGACCAUCCAGAUGUUCAUGGUCUACGAGGACCGGGUCCAGAUCGUCAAGGAGGUGUCCACCCCGGAGCAGCCCUUCGCCGUGGCCGUGGAUGGCCACUUUCUCUGCCUGGCGCUCACCACGCAGUACAUCAUACUGAAUUACAACACCGGAGUCUCCCAGGACCUCUUCCCGUACAGCAGUGAAGAGAAGCGACCCAUCGUGAAACGGAUCGGGAGGCAAGAGUUUCUGUUGGCGGGACCAGGAGGGUUAGGCAUGUUUGCAACUGUAGCUGGGAUAUCCCAACGUGCCCCUGUCCAUUGGUCAGAGAAUGUGAUCGGUGCCGCCAUAUGCUUUCCGUAUGUAGUAGCUCUAGACGAGGAAUUUAUUACAGUGCAUAGCAUGUUGGACCAGCAGCAAAAACAGACCCUGCCUUUUAAGGAAGGCCACAUUUUGCAGGACUUCGAAGGAAGAGUAAUUGUAGCCACCAGUAAAGGAGUGUACCUCUUGGUUCCGUUGCCCCUGGAAAGGCAAAUUCAGGACCUGCUGGCGAGCCGGCGAGUGGAAGAGGCUUUAGUGUUAGCAAAAGGAGCAAGAAGAAACAUUCCCAAAGAGAAAUUUCAGGUAAUGUACCGAAGGAUCCUGCAGCAGGCAGGAUUUAUACAGUUUGCCCAGCUUCAGUUCCUAGAAGCUAAAGAACUCUUCAGAACCAGCCAGCUUGAUGUCCGGGAGCUGAUCUCUCUCUACCCCUUCCUGUUGCCCACUUCCUCUUCAUUCACCCGGUCUCACCCCCCCCUUCACGACUACGCAGACCUGAACCAGCUGACUCAAGGGGACCAGGAGAAGGUGACCAAGUGCAAGAAGUUCCUCAUGAGUUACCUGAACGAGGUCCGCAGUACGGAAGUGGCCAACGGCUACAAGGAAGAGGUGGAUACGGCGCUGCUCAAGCUCUACGCCGAGGCGAACCACGAGAGCCUCCUGGACCUUCUCGUCACCGAGAACUUCUGCCUCUUAACGGACAGCGUGGCCUGGCUGGAGAAGCACGGGAAAUAUUUUGCACUGGGACUCCUGUAUCAUUAUAAUGGUCAGGAUGCUGCGGCAGUUCAGUUGUGGGUGAACAUCGUUAACGGCGACAUUCACGAUGCGACCCGUCCAGACCUCUACGAGUACAUCGUUGACUUCCUUACCUUCUGCUUAGACCAAGAACUCGUGUGGAAAUACGCUGAAUGGGUGUUGCAGAAAAACGAGGAGGUUGGCGUUCAGAUUUUCACCAAGAGACCUUUGGAAGAACAGCGCAAGAGCAGUUUUAACCCAGACGAUAUCAUCCACUGCCUUAAAAAAUUUCCUAAAUCUACUAUAAAAUAUUUGGAACAUCUAGUUGUGGAGAGAAGAGUACAAAAGGAAGAGUAUCACACCCACUUAGCCGUCCUGUACCUGGAAGAGGUGCUUCGUCAGGCACCCCCGGCCGACGGCAACUCCGGAGAAGUGAGCGAGACGCAGGUCAGACUACGCAGUCUGCUUCAGAAAUCGGAUCUGUACCGCGUUCACUUCCUGUUAGAUAAAAUUCAGGGAACCAGUCUCCACCUAGAAGGCGCCAUAUUGCACGGGAAGUUGGAAGAGCACGACAAAGCCCUGCACAUUCUAGUCCACAAGCUAAAGGACUUCCCUGCUGCCGAGGAUUACUGCCUGUGGCGCUCGGAAAGCAAAGAUCCGCCGUACCGGCAGCGGCUCUUCCACAUGCUGCUGUCCGUGUACCUCGCCCCGGGACCUUCCGCUUCGGAGCUGGUCCCGACUGCCGUCGACCUCCUGAAUCGCCACGCCGCCGAGUUCAACGCCGAGCAGGUCUUACGGCUGGUUCCCGACACCUGGUCCAUCCAGCUCCUCUCUCCCUUCCUGGCCGGAGCCGUGAGGGAAAACAUUCACACCCAGAGAAUGACUCAGGUGGCGGCGGGCCUGGCCAGAUCCGAAAACUUAAUCUGCAAGCAUGAGAAGAUAAAGCUGAAGGGAAGUCCAGUUCUGCUCUCAGAGAAGAAGCUCUGUCAGAUGUGCCAGAAUCCCUUCCACGAGCCUGUGUUUGUGAGAUACCCCAACGGGACUGUGGUCCACACCCACUGCGUUGCGAGCAGGCACACGAACCCUAACUUAAACACAUCCGGCAGUCGGACUUGAAAGCCACGGCCCGGGAUGCUCCGGAUAUGGGAAUUCUCCCCUUUUAUAAGAUGUGCCGGUCGAAGGGAGCGAAGGGCAAGGGUGCCCAGCGAGGAUGAAGAGAUCACACCCGAGGCUUAUGGGAGGAUUUCAGGAAAUGUGAAACUUGGGCCCUUAGCUGCUGGUCCAUUUCUAUGAAUGUAAACGGAAAAAAACACUUCAGCGUUAAUGGAGACUUUCAGGAGUAUACCCGUCCAGAUACGUG